AAACGAGUCCAACGAGUAUUCGCCGGCAGCAUUCGUAUUGCUCAUUCUAGCUUUAGACGUUACAGAGCGUACGCAUUUGUACCUUCCCUACAAACUAAAUACAUAAAUUAAUACCUUACAAAAUGGAGUUCGUUGGCAAGAAAUACAAAAUGGUCUCAUCUGAGAACUUCGAUGAGUUCAUGAAGGCUAUCGGCGUGGGUCUCAUCACCCGUAAGGCCGCUAAUGCCGUGACACCAUCAGUGGAGCUGCGCAAGGACGGCGACACUUUCGUGCUAGUCACGUCAUCUACCUUCAAGACAACUGAGAUCAAGUUCAAGCUUGGUGAAGAGUUCGAAGAGGAUCGCGCUGAUGGAGCCAAGGUGAAAUCGGUGUGCACUCUCGAUGGUAACACCUUGAAGCAGGUGCAGAAGGCAGCUGAUGGCGUAGAGGUCACUUACAUCAGGGAGUUCGGACCCGAAGAAAUGAAGGCUACGAUGACCGCGAAUGGCGUGACCUGCACCAGAGUGUACAAAGUACAAUAAACUAAGCUUUAAAAGACUGCGGGCAGCGCCCUUUAAAUAUUUCCUAUAUUAUUUUAUAUACCGUACCCAUUAGCACAACUAUUUUCAUAUUAUAAUUUAGGAUAACUACUAUAAUUUCGAUUAUGGACUGUGUAAGUGAACAACUUAAGGAUUGAUUUACGAUAUGUUCGUAAUAUUGACAAAGUUAUCAAGUAAAAGUGAUGGUUAUCUAAAAGAUAAGCUGUUGUAUAAGUUUUUCAGUGCAUGUUUAAAUAAAGUUUUUUUUUUUAACAUGGUAA